AUGGGGUGUGAAACGCGCGUGAGGGCAAAAACGAGAAUAAAGGUGAAACACAACAAACAAAAUUACCUCAUCAAAAUGACGGAAAACCAAUCACAGUCACAACUUGAGCAACUGCCAAGAGAUCUACUCGGUGAAAUUAUCUCACGGGUGGCUCCAACUUCACGCACAGCCGUCCGCAAUGUCAUGGCAGCAUCACCAAAACUGGCAUUAGGAGCCCAAGAUGAACCUUGCGGAAUGCAAAAGCAACAAUUAUGUGCAACCGCAGAGACAUGGAAAACAGGUGCCAACACUGCUACUACUACAAACAAAUGGUGA